AUGCUGGGCGUUGCCUCGGCCGCCCCUACUGCCACCAUUGAGAAGCGCGCUCAACAGUGCGGUCAGUGGGACAGCAAGGUCACCGGUGCCUACACUCUGUACCAAGACCUCUGGGGCAUCUCCGGCUACACCGGUUCCCAAUGCUCCGACAUCACCAGCCUGAGUGGCAACACUCUGAACUGGUGGACCACUUGGUCAUGGGCCGGUGGCUCCAGCCAAGUAAAAUCCUACGCCAACGUCGUUACCAAGACCAACGCCGUUCAAAUCUCCAAGAUCAAGUCUUUGGCUACAAAAUGGAGUUGGACACAGACAGGCUCCAACAUCGUCGCCGACGUCGCCUACGACAUCUUCACCUCCAGCACCGCAGGCGGAAAGAAUGAAUACGAAAUCAUGGUCUGGCUCGCCGCCUUGGGAGGUGCCGGACCCAUUUCUUCCACCGGGAAGCCCAUUGCUACCGUCACCGUUGCUGGCCACUCUUGGAAGCUGUGGUAUGGCAGCAAUGGUGUGAACGAGGUUUACAGCUUUACUCCUAACGGAGCGAAUGUCAGCAACUUCAGUGGUGACUUGAUGGAUUUCUUUAGUUAUUUGAUCAAGAGCCAGGGAUUCAAGGAUAGCCAGUAUUUGGUUUCUGUGGGCGCUGGCACUGAGCCUUUUACCGGGUCGAAUGCUAAGCUUACCUCGUCGUACAGCUUGGUUCCUGCUUACAAGUAG